GGGAGCGAAGCUUCCAACCCAACCAGCAGACGUCAAAGUUGACAAAGUUCCAAAGAUGGCAGAAGGAGCGUGCUGAUGUCUAGAAGGAUGGCGAUUCAGAGCGAAGAGGAAACCGAACAGGAAAGUUCUUCUCUCUGACCUUCAAAAAUAUAAGACUGCUUUGAUGCUGCGAGAUCACAGCAUCACUUCAGAAGAUGUUGGCGCAAAGAAGAUGAGGUGCACAGAAAGAGACAGCCGUCAUCAACUAUAAUCCAUUGGAUCAACCUGCCUGAAGAUGGCAGAAUACAAUAUCACGUCAGUGGACACUUCAAUCCCUCAGUCCCAUAUGACGGGCCACAACGUAAACAUGUCCAACGGGACCGAGCAACCGUCCUUCCGUAUGGUCACAGCGGUCGUCUACAGCAUUGUCUUCAUCGUGGGUCUCCUGGGCAAUUCGCUGGCCAUUUUUGUGUUGAUCCGCUACGCCAAGAUGAAGACCGUGACCAACAUAUACAUCCUCCAUUUAGCCGUGGCGGAUGAACUUUACAUCUUAGGAAUCCCCUUCCUGGCCACCAACAGUGUUCUUGACUAUUGGCCCUAUGGCGAUUUCUUCUGCAAGGCGUGCAUGACCGCUGACGCCAUGAGCCAGUUCAUGUCAACCUUUUGCCUGACGGUGAUGAGCAUCGAUCGCUAUCUUGCGGUGGUUCAUCCCAUAAGCAGCGUCAAGUGGAGGAGGCCACAGGUGGCCAUGAUCCUCAGUGCCAUGCUGUGGCUCGUGUCUUUUCUGGUCGUGCUGCCAGUCACCAUCUACUCACACGUGCAGGAAGGCUUCAACACCUGCAACAUCACGUGGCCUGAGAUGCAGCCCUGGUGGUCUGUUGUCUUUAUCCUCUACACAUCCAUCCUAGGCUUCUUCGGACCGCUGUUUGUCAUCAGUAUCUGCUAUUUGCUCAUUGUCAUCAAGGUGAGGUCAGCAGGCGUGCGUGCAGGUGUGACCAGGCGGCGUAGGUCGGAGCGUAAAGUGACCCGUAUGGUGGUGAUCAUUGUUUUAGUCUUUGUACUUUGUUGGAUGCCCUUCUUCACUACCAACAUUGUAAAUCUGAUAUACACCAUCCCUGAGGACGAUGCCAUAGCUUCAGUCUACUUCUUCUUAGUCACUCUCACUUAUGUGAAUUCCUGCGCCAACCCAAUUCUCUACGGUGUUCUCUCAGAUAAAUUCAGACAGAGCUUCCAAAGAGUGCUCUGUUUCCACAAACCAAAAGGGGUUGCCAAUGUAGAACAGAGGGAUGCUAGACUCGCUACACCCCAGGAAGCAAAAAUGGGCAACCAUGAGCCCCUUUUCCCAUCCAGGAAUCCUAACCACAAUGGAUACGCACAGAACAUACAGUGCAUCCAAAUGGAGGGUGUUCGAAAACUGGAUGAACCUUUACCUACUUCCCUUUAACUAGGCAUCAACAUUGUCCAGCCAUAUGGAAGUGCCACCAUUUACUUGUAGAAGUAAGACUGACUGGUGUUUUCAACAGAAUGUUCAUUUUUGUAACGCUAGGACUCAACUGUUAUUUAUUUUUGAAUUUGAAGAGGCUGCAUGGAUUAAAUUCAGUUAUUGGGAAAAUCCCUGCCAAACACAAAACUCUUGUCAUUUAAAAAAAAAAAAAAAAAAUGUGAUUAAUCUUCAAAGAGCCACCUUGCAUAUUUUCUUUUUUUAAUGUAAUAAUACUUAACUGUAUUUGCUGUUGGAGUCAAUUGAUGAAAUUAUUCCAUGACUAAGAGCAGUAUCUUUGCAUGAUGUUCAUUUGUCAUAGUUUUACAUGUUUCAGGGACAUAGAAGAUGUGUUUGCUUUUUUUUCUUCCCAAAAAUGAAACCGCUCGACACAUUUCAAGCAUUAAAAAAGUUUUUUUUUUUUUUUUUUUUUCUGCAGACGACAUAGGAUACACUCAAAACAUUCCCAUACUUCUUGUUCCUUUCUCCAGAGUUAAUUUGAUGGCACACAAAGAUUGCCAGUAAUUAUGUCUUCCAGUCGCACUUUGAUCUAAAAAUAAGCAAAUUGUCUUUAUGACAGACACUAGGUUUCACUUUUGAGCUGAAUAUUUUUGUUUUCAUUACAGAAAAUAAUUUUAUCUCCUUGACAUUUUGGUCAAUAGGUCUGACAUUUCACCGAGUUAUCAUGUUUCACUGCCAUGGACGGCGACAGAUGUCCAAUCCACUUUGACUAGGCCGCUGCCAACCCUUCCAGUCAAAAUGGGCAGGACGCCUGUUGCUGCAUACACACUGCAAAUGUGUAAAAGCCAGAGGUUUUCCAACAACUUUUAUAUUUAUUAAACGAACAGCAUGUAAACUAUCCUUUUGAUCCAAUCUGACAUGACAGAAUUCAUGUGUGAGAAUGUUGUCCCAUGAUAAUUAUUAUCAAAGUCAAAAUAUGAUUAAAGAGGCAUUGUUUGGCCCGAAACCGUGA